GUAGUGUAACAUAGUAUUUGAUUUGUAUACUAAAAUAAAUGUAAAAUUUAUCGGGCUGUUGUACCUGGCAAGUACACCAUAUGUGUACUCUCUCCUCAAUGCUCUCGUCAUAAUCUUUCCAUGUCUUCUUCUCUCUAUAUAUAUUACUUAACUCUUUCUCACUCUCUCUAAUUUUAAAUUUAUCUAUCAUUAGUUUAAACCGCCGGAGAACAAAAAAUGAAGCAUCUCAUCCGCCGCCUCUCUAGAGUCGCCGACUCAUCCUCCGAAUUCUCCAUCCGCCGUUCCACCUCCUCCUUCCGCAACCGUCGCGGUCACCAUCGUCUCCACGCGCCGCCGCCUCCGUGGUCAAUAUGUCCAGCUAGAAGAGUCAACACCGUCCCCGCUGGUCACGUACCUGUCUACGUCGGCGAGGAGAUGGAGAGGUUCGUGGUUAGCGCAGAGCUUAUGAACCACCCGAUCUUCGUUGGUUUGCUAAACCGAUCCGCUCAAGAAUACGGUUACGCUCAGAAAGGAGUUCUUCAUAUCCCUUGCCACGUCAUCGUGUUUGAGCGCGUGGUGGAAACGCUCCGGUUGGGAGGGUUUGAAGGGUCCGGUGAUCUAGAGAAUCUUGUGGCUUCGUUGCUCUCCGGUGAUGAGUUGAUACCUGAAACUACAGAGUAGCUUUUGAAGAAGAAUCCAAAUCGGCGAUUUGAUAUUUUCUCUGUUUUCUCUGUUUUCUUUCAAUUUUCCGUUUUUUUACUUUCUCGAUUUUGUAAAUAUAUAAUUAUAUAUACACCAGUUUUUUUUUUUAACUUCUAUUUUGCUCACGUUAAUCUCUUUUAUAGCCGAUCAAGAAACAUAAUUUACGUAUAAUAAAUCAAAUAAAAUCGAAU